AUGACGUGGUCUCUUUUGCUUUUUGGGCUUCUUUCCGUAGUCAUCGGAGUGGACGCCGUCGCCAAAUUCGAAGUGACGUCCGUCUCCGACAGCUCGCUGGUCAUCAAAAUGAUCGAAGCAACCAACGUGACCAACUUUGAUAUCACUGUUCAAAUAUUCGAUCUCUCCAAACAACAACUCUUCCGAAGGACUCAAUUGGACCACGUCACCAAUGAUCAGGUGAGCCCCACUUUCCACUUUUGUAUCCGAACCCGUCGUGAGAGCCUUCCGUCUAUUUUCUGGUUCUGACGUCUGCAUCGGUCCGCUAAUCUGUCUGUUUCUGUGCCAUUUACAUGUUUGGCGUGUCAAUUGGUGUCAUUGGACCUUUUCCCCGUCUCCUCCGACCGUUCCUCACUAAUCUCUUCUCAAAACAUAUGUCCUUUUUGUCCGUUUUGUUGUCAAGUACCAAUUGACACGUGUCUUCUGCCCCUCUCGUUUCUUGAUAUCGCCCGCCCAUCGAUUGUACUCCAAGAGGGGCCCAUAAAAGAGUGUAUCCGUCAAAUAAAAAGACGGCGGCGCGUAGUACGUAGGCACGCGCAUAAAACGAAACUAGGUGGCUUUUGCCUGCCGCUGCUGAUGAUGAUGAUCAUGACAAGAGAAAAAGAGGCCGUGGGGAGCCCUUUUUUGAUGCCAAUUGUAGUUUUUAUUGCUCGGCGGAAAGAGCAAGUGCCAAAGCUCGGGGCCUUCCCAUGGAUCGAAUCAAAUGGAGAGAGGGACAAAAGCGUAAUGGGAGAAGAUACACAAUUAACGAAAUGGGGUGCACGCAGAAAGGGACAAUCGAGUAAAACAAAUAUGUUGGUGGGAAACUGCAUGAACAUUUGUCGGAAUGACAUAUCGGAAAGCACAAUUUGGCGGACAAUCAACACAGAAACGGGCAAUGACAGCUUACUCGAUUGUCCCGAUGUCCCGAAACAUUCCGAGAAGGGUACUAACUUUUCCGUUUUCCAGUUGCUCUCGUUCGAUGGAUUGAAACCUGACACGUGGUUUGCAGUACGAAUUGAGUAUAGACUCAACUUUGCCGAUGAAACCACCGACAACUCAUUGAGAAUGACUAAGCAGGUAGGAAAACGAUACUAGCAGACGGACACGGUAUUUUGCAGGAAAUGGUCGUCAAAACGAAGAAGACGAGUCGGGAUGAUCCGAAGAAAAUAGAGCAAAUGGUGGCGUUCAUCGACGAUUUAUUCGUCACCAAGGACAACAUCUACAUCGGCGUUGGAUCUGUGUUCAAGGAGAUCAAGAAGGUCCGUUUCUUUCCGUUUCCAUUCAGACCGCGGGAGCAUUUGCAUAAAUGAUGCUUCUGGCAGAAGAAGAGGGUCCGCAUAUUCAUAAUUAAACUUCACGAGAGUUCUUUACUCGCUUCCGCCCUCUCCGCAAUUUUCACACGUUAUUACGCUUAUUAUACGGAUUGGUGCCGACGUAAUACGGCCGAAUGGCGGGUGGGAGAACGAUGAAAAGAGUCACGGAAAACAAAUAUUCGGAAAUAUUCAGAAGAAGGGAAUUUACGAUUUCAGAUUUCGACAGUCAUUGUUCCGGAACUCCGAUGUUCGAAAGGCGUUCUCAGUCCGGUUUCCCAGCAAGUCAUCCAGCACGCUUCAUUCCAUUUUGACUUGUCAAAACUACCAAAAGAAGACAGAAAGUGCAGUACGGUAAGAAUGAACCGGAAGCGAACCGUACAAACGAAAAUAGAGACAAUUCAGAUAUGUGUGUUCCCGUACCUUCGGAUCCUUACCGAUAACGCAGUCACAGAAACAUUCAGGGCGAGAGAGUGGUGCGGAAGUGCGGAGGAAGCCCGACAUCUGCUCACGAGCCCUUCCACGGCUCCAUUCAUACUCCUCUCCGUGUCAUUUGUUGCCACGUUUCUCAGAUUCUACCUCUAG